CCCCCCGGCGGCAGCAGUGAAGAGAUGUGAGGGCCGGCCCUGAGCGCCUGCCAUGGAGCCGCACAAAGAGGCGCGAACACCCGGGGACCCCGUCGCGUGGCUGCCUGGGACCUUGAGGACUCAGACGCCCCAGGAGGAGGAGCCGCGGGUGGGCGGCCGGCCUCAGAAAGUGUGUUUGUGUCCAUUUCUACCAGCGCAUCCUGUACAUAUCUCUACCUACUUGUAUAUAAUUCAGCAUCCAGCAGAGGAAAACAAGGUGUUGCGGACAGUUCCUCUUCUAGCAGCAUGUCUCCCCAAAGAUAAGUGUAAAAUCAAGAUUGGUCGUCGCUUCAGUGAGGAAAGAGAUCCUGAACUUUCAACUAUUUGUCAGAAGUCUGAUACAUUAAUAUUAUAUCCAGGGGCUGAAGCUGCUGAUUUGGAAGAAUUUAUAUUAGAUUCUCCUGUUUAUCCUUCCACAAUAAUCAUCAUCGAUGGCACGUGGAGCCAGGCUAAGGACAUUUUCUACAAGAAUUCCUUGUUCCGACUGCCUAAACAGGUGCAAUUAAAAACUAGCAUUUCUAGUCAGUAUGUAAUUCGGGCGCAACCAACUAAUAGGUGCCUUUCAACACUGGAGUGUGCAGCUGUUGCUCUUUCUAUCUUGGAGAAAAAUAACUACAUACAAGAGACUUUGCUUCGCCCUCUUCAGGCUUUAUGCUCUUUCCAGCUUCAGCAUGGUGCUCAAAUUCGCCUCAGCAAGGAACAUCUUCUGAAAAAUGGAUUAUAUCCUAAGCCAAUGCCAAAGAACAAACGCAAACUCAGGAAAAUGGAACUAUUAAUGAACAGCAUUAAAAUUUAGUACAGUUGUUCUUAUGGUGCUAGUUAUGAUACCUGCAGCUGACAAUACCAGGUUAACUUUUUUAUACAUUUUAAGUCUGUGGGUUUUGACUAAAGAAUAAGAGUUACAUACUAAACUUACCUAGAAGAAGUAAUCCAAAUAGCCAUAAAAACAAGUUUCACUUACUCAAUGAAAAGCAAGAUUUAUUUCAUACUAUACUGUUUUAAAAAUGUACCUCUAAUUUUUUUUCAGAUCAAUAAUUUGAAAUGUGAUUAAUUGUUGAGCUGGGUUAGAAGUUCUUAUUUAUAAAAUGGAAUGAAAAGAAAAUGGUAUGCCUGGUUGAUUCAGUAUUGUUUCUAUGGGGGUUUAUAGAUAAUUACAUAGAGACCUAUAAUAGAGGAUACCUAUAUCAAGUUACAGUCUUUUACAUGAGCUUUAUAGCUUGAAAUAAGUAGCAAAAGAAAAUAAUAAUCAAGUAAUUUAGGUUGAAUUUUUAUUUCAUAAAAAAGUAUUUAGGAACUAAACUUGAA